AUCAAAUCCUUGAGAUUGGCGGAAGUGCCGCGUCAACCGAUAGUCUGUGAUGGAGCAAGUCGGCAUGCAACUGCCUCAGAGCCCAAGCGCCUUGUGUUUUGAUAAGGAUGAGUUUAUGAAGGAUUCAUUUGACGUCGACCACUUUGUUUCAGAAUGUAGAAAGCGUGUGCAGCUGGAAGAUCUACGAGAUGAUCUUGAGAUUUAUUACCGCCUCCUCAAAACAGCUAUGGUUGAGCUCAUAAACAAGGACUAUGCCGAUUUUGUAAACCUCUCUACGAAUUUGGUAGGAAUGGAUAAAGCUCUGAGUCAACUUUCUGUACCAUUGGGUCAACUGAAAGAAGAAGUAAUGAGCCUCAAAACAUCUGUUAAUGACAGCAUAAGUGCAGUGGAUAGGCGUAUGGCUAAACAAGAUGACAUAAGGAAAAAAAAGAUGUGCGUGUUAAGGAUGAUUCAUGUUAUACGUUCUGUUGAGAAGAUAGAAAACAUUUUGAACUCCCAGAACCGUAAGGAAAACACAGAAUUGAACAGCACGUUGCUUACUGGGCAAAUCUUGGAAAGAAUUGCUACAGAAUUUAAUCAGUUACAAUUCCAUGCUGUUCAAAGCAAAGGGAUGCCUCUUCUAGAUAAAGUGAGACCUCGUAUCGCUGGCAUCACAGCUAUGUUACAGCACUCACUUGAAGGUCUCCUGUUAGAAGGCCUUCAGACCUCUAAUGUGGAUAUAAUUCGUCACUGCUUGAGAACAUAUGCCACGAUUGACAAAACAAAGGAUGCAGAAGCACUUGUUGGCCAGGUGCUCGUAAAACCAUAUAUUGUUGAGGUUAUAGUAGAGAAAUAUAUCCAGUCCCAUCCAACUGGACUUCAGGUUAUGUAUAACAAGCUUUUGGAGUUUGUUCCCCACCAUUGUCGACUUCUAAGAGAGGUAACAGGAGGAGCAAUAUCAAGUGAAAAAGCCGAUAUGGUUCCAGGAUACGACUUCUUAGUGAAUUCCGUUUGGCCGGAGAUAGCUCGUGGGUUAGAAGAAAGAUUGCCUUCGCUCUACAACCCUGGAAAUCCUGACAUAUUUCAUCAGAAAUACAGUGUUAGCAUGGAUUUUCUGAGAAAAUUUGAAAGACAAUGUGGUUCUCAGGCAAGUGUAAGAAGACUGCGUGCACAUCCCUCUUACCACAGUUUUAAUAACAGGUGGAAUUUGCCAGUGUAUUUUCAGAUAAGGUUUAAAGAAAUAGCAGGAAGCCUAGAAUCUGCCUUACUUUUUCACCUAGAGGAAGCUUCAGCUGAAGGUGCUUAUUGUCUUAGAGCUACUAAUGUCCUGUGGACGUGUCUAACUGCAUGCUGGUCUGAUCAGAUCUAUCUACCAUUACUUGCUCACCGUUUCUGGAAACUGACCCUGCAACUGCUAUCACGUUAUUGCGCUUUUAUUAAAGAGUUGUCAACCUUUGCUACUUCAGAAGGCGAUGUAAGUGAGAACAAAAGUUUUAUGCCAGCCAGUGGCAGAGAUGUACCACAUGCUUUCAAUUCUGAAGAACAGCAAACUGGAUCAACCGCUGAUGUCCAGCCUUUGAUUUUGUCAACGCAUCAGCUAAUUCUCAUUGUGGCAGAUAUAGAUAAACUUAUUGAUCAGUUACCAAUAUUAAUGGAUGUGAUUGAAGUCAAGCUUAGUUUAAUUGGAUUUAAGAAUAUGGAAAUAAUAAAAGGGGCAAUGGAGGACAUUUCCUUUUCCUUAACACCACUUAUAUCAACCAUAAAUAGAAAAAUCUCAGUGGACCUUGGAGAAUCAUGCUUGGUUUACUUUAAAAGUGCCAUAGAUGUCCCUAGGCUAUACAGAAGGACAAACAAGGAGGUACCUACUAAAGCAUCUUCCUAUGUGGACAGUGCGCUCAAGCCACUAUACCAACUUCAGCAUGAGUAUGGAACUAAAGUAAAAGUAGAAACCAGGAAAGAAUGGCUAAAGGAAGCUCUUUCCGAAUGUACACACAAGUAUUGUGAGACGGUGCUUGAUGUUCUCAGUUCUGUUAAGAAAAUGGAAGAAAGUUUAAAAAGACUCAAACAAGCACGAAAGACUACAAUGUCCAGUAAUACUACAAAUGGUGGAAUAAGUGAUGACAACAAAAUCAGGCUUCAGUUAGCUCUUGAUGUUGAAUAUUUUGCAAACCAGAUACAGAGUUUUGGAUUGUGUACAGAUGACUUAAAAAGCUUUUCUGCUCUUAUGGAGUUGGUUCAAGCUGCUAGGGGAGAAUUAAUGAUGGAAUAAAGGAAGUAUUUAAAUGCAAAACUCCAGUGAUCGAUUUACUUUUUUUUGCUAUUUGACGCUUAACAGGUCCUCCGUUUUUGGAUUUCUAAUCACCAAACUGAUCUGAUUAAAGUGAAAGAAUUAUUCUAGAAUUGUCAUUUUGUAGCAGUGUUAUCAUUCAGAAACAAGAAAUGAGUUUUCAGCCCUCAAACGAAAAGUAGAUUCCAGAAGCUGCUUGGAUCCCAAAUGUGUACAACGGUCCAAUUGAGUAAGAAAAGAAAGUUCCAGCGCUCCAAUUAAAGAUCCGUAAAAUCACUGGUGCUUUUUAAAUCUUUUAAAAGCAGGGUUGUACAAAUGGCACACAGGAAUAAGAAGCUUGACGGAUUUCGGGGAUUACACUUUGUCAAGAGCUUAGUACAAGGUACUAUGUUUUUAUUGUACCUAAGAUAGAAACUAUAUAAGAGAUCUAUUUAUUUAUUGUACCUAUUCUCUGACAAAGGGGUAACAACAACCCUCCUGCCCCCACAAAACUUAUCAAGCUUCUUCUCCUGUGUGACAUUUGUACGACAAAUAUUUCAAUAAAUGAGUUUAUGGACUUUUUGAAGUUGUGGAAUUUUAUUUGCUAGCUCCAGUAGUAUCAUUGUAACAAAUGAUUAGUAGUGGACAAUAUAUUUUAUUUUUAUGCACAGAAAAUUUGUUUUGUUUGCUUAAAGUAAACCUACUAAAUGUACUAGACCAGAGAUGCUGAUCUGUCACAUGUUCGGAGGAUAUGUUCAGAUAUUGAGAGGACAUACACAGUUGUUUCCAUAUUCCUCUUCCACUGUAAUGAAUAAUGACUUUAAAUAUGUCACCUAUCUGCUAGGAGAGGGUGGGCACCAAUGAUCUUGGGGCUGGUGAAUUAUAUUUAUGUAAUGAAUAAAAAAAUUAAGAUUUGUGUUCUAACCCAUUACGUAAAUAAACAUAUUUUUAAAAUG